CUGGGAUAGGAGCCUCGUAGGGCAGCUGGGCUCAAGGUCUGUAUGGACUAACCUCGCCAACCUGCCCAGUACCACGAUAGCCGGGAACAGGAAAAGGCGCGCGAUGAGCGGAACGGAAGGAUCGUGGGGCGCCUGCUGGGUGCUGGUGACCGGCGCCUCUAGGGGUCUGGGCGCCGCCAUCUGCGAGGGCGUGGCGCCGCUCCUGGGGGAGGGUUCGCGCAUUCCUCCCAGUCGUACUAGACUUGGGUGUAGCAAGCAAGGCUGACAUGGAGACUGCUCUCAAAUUACACUUUGGGGGCGAGAAUGUGCCACGUCCCUCGCGUGUUCUCAUCUUCCACAAUGCUGGGUCCCUUGGCAGUCUCAGAUACCUGAAAGACCAAGGGGACCAGCAACACGUCCAGCAGUAUUUUAAUCUGAAUGUAAGCUCGGUCGUGACACUUAAUGCUGUGUUCAUGAGUAUGGUACGGUCGCUGGCUCCAAGUGCAGCAAUAGAGGUGAUAAAUAUAUCAUCUCUGUGUGCAGUGCAGCCCUUCAAGUCGUGGGGUUUAUACUGUGCAGGGAAAGCGGGCAGAGAUAUGUUGUUUAGGGUCUUGGCUGCUGAAGAACCUAAUGUUACGGUGCUGAACUAUGCUCCUGGACCGCUCGAUAAUGACAUGCAGGUGGCUGCGCGCACUGAGACAGCUGAUGAUGAUCUUCGUUCCAUUUUCUCCUCCAUGAAGAGUGAGGGAAAACUCUUACCUUGCAGCACGUCCGUUGCCAAACUGAUAGACAUUUUGAACAGUAAGAAAUUCAAGUCUGGUGAUCACGUUGAUUAUUAUGAUGAAUAAUGCUGCGAGGAUUGUAAAACAGUGUAAACGUCAGUGAAUAUUUUUGGGUGAAUAUUUUGGAGGAUAACUCCCCCCUCCCCUCAUUUUUUUGUGAGUUUGGAAGACUGAUAUUCAAUUUCUUGCAGAUUCCACGAAGUAGAAAUUUAAUUAAGGAAGGUUAAUAAGGGAAAAAGCAAAUUCAUAUAUGUAUUUAAUAUCAAUGCCUCAGUAUACACAGUUGUUCAGUUACGCUGAAUCUCACAAUGAAACACCAGUUCUAUCAUUUUAUUUGUUUAUUUUUUGUAAUGGCUUGAAGCGAAGUGCAGUGUUGCACGUUGUUGUUCAUUCCUGUUGUUGAUUUUUUUUCUUUAAGAUAGUAUAUAUUGAAUAUUUUUUUUGCUAAAUAGUAUACAUUCAAUUAUUUUUGCUCUCUAAUAUUUUUUAGAAUAAAUAUGAUCAGACUAAUCCUUUAUACUGGUGGUUGUUUCAUUCAAAGAUUUGUUUUAAUGUAUAUUGCUCUUCGGGCUCAAGAGCAUCAAAGCGUGG